AUGGAGCUUUUUAAAACCACAAUUUUGGUGCUUUGGAUAUUAUUGCUGUCAAGACAAAGGGACUGUACCGCCGAAGAAGUUGUCUUGCUGAAUUCUAAAGAGUCCCAGGCUGAGCUUGGCUGGACCUCAACCCCCUCAAAUGGAUGGGAGGAGAUCAGCGGCGUGGACGAGAAGUACAAGCCCAUCCGCACGUACCAGGUGUGCAACGUGAUGGAGGCGGCCCAGAACAACUGGCUGCAGACGGGCUGGAUCUGGCGGCGCGGCGGCCAGCGCAUCUUCGUGGAGCUGCAGUUCACGCUGCGCGACUGCAACUCCAUCCCCGGCGUGGCCGGCGGCACCUGCAAGGAGACCUUCAACCUGCUGUACGCCGAGUCCGACUGGGACCUGGGCCGCGUGGCCCGCGAGGACCGUUACACCAAGGUGGACACCAUCGCGGCCGACGAGAGCUUCACGCAGGGCGACCUGGGCGAGCGCAAGAUGAAGCUCAACACGGAGGUGCGCGAGAUCGGCCACCUGAACCGCAAAGGCUUCCACCUGGCCUUCCAGGACGUCGGGGCGUGCGUGGCGCUGGUGUCGGUGCGCGUCUACUACAAGCGCUGCCGCGGCACCGUGCAGAACCUGGCGGUGUUCCCGGACACGGUGGCGGAGGCCGCCUUCGCCACCCUGGUGGAGGUCCGGGGGAACUGCGUCAACAACUCGGAGGUGGACAUGGACAGCCCUCCCAGGAUGCAUUGCAGCGCGGAGGGCGAGUGGCUGGUGCCCAUCGGGAAGUGCAGCUGCAGCGCCGGCUACGAGGAGGGGCACAGCAGCUGCGAACCGUGCCCACCGGGCUCCUACAAGAUGUCGUCACGGCAGCAGGAGUGUUUCCCGUGCCCCGCCCACAGCGCGGCGGAGGAGGAGGGCUCGGUGGUGUGCAUGUGCGAGGCCGACCACUUCCGCACGCCCCUCGACAGCCCGUCCGCACCCUGCACACGGCCCCCGUCUCCGCCCCGUAACCUGGUGUACACCAUAAAGCAGGCCACCGUCAUCCUGGAGUGGGCGCCCCCCAGUGACACCGGUGGGCGCGGCGACCUGACCUACAGCGUGGGCUGCCGACGCUGCGUACGCGUCACUCCUUCAUCGUCCGGCAUCACUGGAUCAUCAUCAUCGUCAUCAUCGACGGCGGUGUCCGGCGGCGGUGGUAGCGGCGGAGGAGGAGGAGAUACUCAGUGCGAGCCGUGCGGGCCGAGCGUGGGGUUCGUGCCGCAGCAGAGCGGACUGACGGAGCGCACGGUGACGGUAGUGAACCUCUUGGCCAACGCCAACUACACCUUCACCGUGGAGGCCCUGAACGGGGUGUCCGAGCUGCUGCCCAACAAGCGCUUCUACACGCAGGUCAACGUCUCCACCAGCCUGGCAGCACCCUUCAUGGUGAGCGAGUUGCGCGCGGAGAAGAUUGAGCAGCGCAGCGUAACGCUGGUGUGGAGAGAGCCCAGCGCUCGCAACCGCAGCCGCACCGAGUACGAGAUCAAGUACUACGAGAAAGAGCAGAAGGACCAGCGCUACUCCACGGUGAAGACGGCGGCUACACGGGUCAGCGUCAGCAACCUGAAGCCCGGCACCACCUACGUCUUCCUCAUCCGCUCUUCCUCCUCUUCCUCCUCUCCGCUCUCGUCCUCUUCCUCUGCUACAUCGUCCUCCUCCUCUUCCUCCUCCUCCUCCUCCUCCUCUUCCUCGACGCUGGAUUAUGGGGCCUACAGUGCUCCCCUGGAGCUGCAGACGCUGGGAGAGUUGGCCCUGGCGUCCAGUGAGCAGAACCCGGUGGUGAUCAUUGUGGUGGUGUCUGUGGCCGCCCUCAUCAUGCUGCUCUCCCUGGGAGUAGGCCUGCUCAUAUGGAGAAGACAAUGUGGCUACAGCAAGGCCAACCAGGAGGGAGACGAGGAGCUUUACUUCCAAUUCAAGAUCCCCACCCGACGCACCUACAUUGACCCAGAUACCUGUGAAGACCUGGUGCAGGCUGUGCACGCCUUCGCCAAGGAGCUGGACAACUCCAGCAUCAAGAUCGAGAGGAUCAUGCAUACAGGUGACUUUGGAGAGGUGUGUCGCGGCUGUCUGAAGCUGCCCAGUAAGCGGGAGUUGCCGGUGGCCAUCAAGACGCUGCGGGCCGGCUGCUCGGAGAAGCAGAGGCGCUCCUUCCUGUCCGAGGCGGCCAUCUUGGGCCAGUUCGACCACUCCAACAUCGUCCGGCUGGAGGGAGUCAUCACCAGGGGAAACACUAUGAUGAUCAUUGUGGAGAGCAUGUGCAAUGGGGCCUUGGAUUCUUUCCUUCGGAAACACGAGGGCCAGUUGAGCAUCCUCCAGCUGAUGGACCUGCUGGGUGGGGUGGCGUCGGGCAUGAAGUACCUGACGGAGAUGGGCUUCAUCCACCGCAGGCUGGCGGCCCACAAGGUCCUGGUCAACAGCAACCUGCAGUGCAAGGUGUCCGGCUUCCGGCCGCUGCAGGACGACAAGAUCGAGGCAGUAUACACCACGCUGCAUGGUGGUAAGAGUGUGGUGUUGUGGAGUGCUCCAGAGGCCAUCCAGUACCACCGCUACAGCUCGGCGUCAGACGUCUGGAGCUUCGGCAUCGUCAUGUGGGAGGUCAUGUCCUUUGGCGAGCGACCUUACUGGGACAUGGGCAACGAAGACGUGAUCAAAGCUAUCGAGGAUGGCUUCCGGCUGCCGGCUCCCGUGAACUGCCCGGCGCCACUUCACCAGCUGAUGCUGGACUGCUGGCAGCGUGAGCGUAGCGAGAGGCCGAGCUUCAGCCAGAUACACAGCGCCCUCAGCAAGAGCAUCCGCGCACCCGACGCCAUCGGAUCCUCCACGCUGGCACGCAGGACCCUCAGUUCCUCCAUCUCGUUGGCGGAGCGCAGUUGCACGCUAGCAGAGCGCAGCUGCACGAUGCCCAGCUUCCCCUCCUUCAGCUCGGUGGGCGAGUGGCUGGAGGCGGUGGACAUGGGACGCUACAAGGACAACUUCACCGCCGCAGGCUACUGCUACCUGGAGUCGGUGGCACGCAUGACCGUACAGGAUGUCUUGAGUCUGGGCAUCACCUCUCUGGAGCACCAGAAACUGAUCCUGUCCGCCAUCCAGUCGCUGAGGGCCCAGGUCAUACAGAUGCACGGCCGAGGCGUGCAGGUUUAA